CGUGAAUACAAUUGCAAUACCCUUUGUUUCAAUAUCUUGGACACUAUGUCGUUUACCGCUGAUACUUCGUUUCCACAGUGCAAAACUCUUGUUUCCAUACCAUCUGAUUCUAUUUUGUCUGAGCCAUCUUCAACUCUUGAGCCUGCUCAGCAAUCAUCGUCAACUGACCUGUCCUGUAGAAUUACCAAUGGCAAUCCUUCUACUCCGCCCUCUGCUGUUAAUGCUGUGAUAGCUGCACUUGCCAUUGCCAUUAUUUCUUACAGACUGACCCGCCAGAAACACCACAUUCAUUCACUAGCUAGUAUAAUGAAGCAGCUUUUCCCUAUAAACUCCAUCACAUUAUUAGCCAGACGUCGUCGUUCAUUGAUAGUUGUUGGCAUUGUAAUUUGUAUAUCGGCUGUCUGGAUUCGCUCUCGAUUGCGUUCGUCUUCCAUACAUCAUUUUCAUCAACCUCCAGAAUCACAUGCCAAAACUUUCAACUGGAAAUCGUGGUGUUUUUCCCUGCUACAAAAACGAAUUAUAGACUACAUUCCUCGUUCCAAGCGCUUUUUAUCUACUAAUACCAACACUGAAUCGACACAACCAUGCGCUACCAUAUCUACCGUAAACACUAGUGAAACUACUCGCCAUCACUCUACUUUUAAUCGCAUAUCGCGCCUAUCUUCUAAAAAGCUGCUUACCAUCUCCACUCGAAAUUUGCUUUUUUGGAAUCCAUCCCCCGAUGCAUGUGCUCCCAACUUUGCAUUCAAGGAAUCCAUGCUUCCAGUGAUGAUUGAACUUCUCAAAACCCGAAAAUAUGAGAUUACUUUGAUCACAUUGGUUAAAUCUGAUGCAGAAGAAGAGCAGGUGCGUCAAUUGCUGCUAGAUGAACGGCAUGAACUUGUUAAAUCGGGACUUGAUUCUCGACGAGUUCUGUUUUGCUCUUCCCUGCAAGGUGUCGUACACAUGGUAAAGCAUAUUGGUCCUGAUGUACAUGUGGACAGCAGAAGCUUAUGCUUACGAGAUCUAUCCGCAUGGGUGCCUCGUCUCGUUCACGUGCGUCCUGCCUGUCAUGGUCAAGAAGUUGGAGGCCAUCUCAGUGCAGAUGGCAUCGAUACCAAUAGCAGCAACUCUAUGUCUGAUAGUCAAACUGUUAGUCGGUAUGACUCUUCUGGUGCUCAAGUCCAGUUGGCAUGUCCAUCCAUUGUAUAUCAAUCACAGUACGGCACUGCCCUGGAUAAAUCCCAGCAGUCUGCAGUAGAUACCAGUACAUUAAAACGUUCAUCUUCUUAUACAAUGCGAUAUAGCCAUGCCAAUCCAACAUCAAGCAAUACUCAUCCGGAUCAAUUCUUGUCCAUCUCUUUGGCAGACAGACACAAUGAUGGUGUAAAGGAACAACGCGCUUUCUCACCGCCACUACUAGAUGGUUCUAAACUAAUGAAAUCCCACAACAGAUUUAUAUCGACCGGGACAGUAGAUACAGCAUCUAUCGUGUCGGAAGAAGAGAGUGAAGAUCUAGGGGCUUUUAAAAACGUGAGCGUGAUUGAGUCAUUUGCAGCAUUUAAAUAAACCAAUAUCCUUGC